AUGUUAACAUCAACAAGACAGUUGAUGUUUCUUUUCUUGGUGAUAUUCAGUGAACAAACAGUGAAAAGUCAACUUCGUUGUACAUUUGAUCGUCCAAUCUUAGGAGAAUAUUAUUCAUAUGAAAAUGGUCUUGAAACUCACACAUCAUUUAAAGAUAAUGGAGAUAUUGAUAUACUUUACUAUCGUCGUCAAUCAGGUCUUGGUGCAACAGCGAGUAUUAUCACAAUUCUUGAUAAUCAUGCAUUGGGUGAAUGUAUCAAUCUUGAAUGGAGAGAAAAUCCUUUUGAUCAUUCGUCAAAACAUCAUUUUCAAUUGAUUUAUCGUGACAAAGAGAAGUCUUGUUAUCAAUGUUUUCAAAUUUAUAAUCGAACAAGAAAUAUUCUUCAAACCAGAAAAAGUGAAUGCAAUGAAAUUACAUCAAUAGUAACAAAUCAGAUGAAUUAUCAAGAACUUUGUGCAAGUAUUAAUCAGGAAGCGGAAUUUGAUACUUUAUUUUCAAAAACAUAUUCAGCAGAAGAAUGUCGUGCAACGAUUUACGGAACAUAUCAUUUCACUUAUGAAUUUCGUGAAGGUGGAAUCGGUAUUUGUGAUAAUCCAUCAUCACGUUUAGUUUCAUGUCCUGAUCCUGGUACACCGUUCGAAGCGGUUAAUGAACGUUUUCGAAUGAGAUAUGGUUAUUGUAAAUAUUUAACAUCAUCAUUUGAUGCUGAUCAAUUAAAUCAAUGUUUGGGAUCGUGGUCAACACCUGAUGGAAAUAUUAUUACUGCUAUUGCAAAUGAACGUGUGGGUUCAGAACGUUGGUAUGAUAAAUUUCGUUGUAUGUUAACAAGACAAGAUCAACCACAAUGGUUCGCCAAAUCUCUUUUUGCUGAAUGUUCAUCUCUGAGUAGUCCAACAGAUGGACCAGAAAAAAUUAUUAUUUCACCUGUAAUUCCAGAAGAGCCAGUUGCUUCAUGUUUCUUCCCGAGUAAUUUAACUGGACAAUGGAUUAAUACAGCAAAUGUUAACGCACGUGUAUUGAUCAAUGCCACACAUAUUCACGAAACAGCAAAAGUUAAUAAUCGCGGUUGGCUACGGGAAACAUAUUAUGUUUGUCAACAAACAUCAAGAAGUCAAUAUCUGGUUAAAGCGGUUACGAAAGGUGAAUGUUUUUCUUAUUAUAUUUGUUUCGAUUUCAAAGAUCGUCAUCAUAAUAUUCUUCGAUAUCGAAAAUCAAAAUCUUUUAUGGCAAAUUUAUACAAAUUAUUUCCAAAUCGUGAUCCUUUCUAUGAAGUUUGUUCAUGGACAAGUUUCGGUGGUGAUACCAACUGGAAAUAUCAAUUAUUUGUUUUGGAUCCACCCGCACCAAUCGAAUGUCCAUUUACUGGUAUGUGGACAUUUAAACAAGUUGGUCAACCCAGUUCUCUCAUUCAAACACGUAUUCGUGGUGGUGUAACUCCACGUCCACGUGAUCACGGUUGGUAUAUCACUUGUGAUCCGAGAUAUAUGGUUUCACAAUGGACAAUUUGUGGUGAUCAAACAAAGUCAAUGUUUGCUGAUCGUGAAUAUUGUCGACAAUUAGAUCCGUAUGGAACACCAAUUGGUGUUUAUGAACAACCUGAUUAUAUUUAUCAAUGUGCGGGUUAUUGGAGAGAAGAUUCACGAUCAAUGAUGGUAACUUAUGAUCGUGAUGAUCCAUAUAUAAAUUACAAAUGUUGGGUUUAUGAAAGAAGAGAUUUAACUACAAUUACAUUAUCGAGAUCGGCAGGUUCAGCUUGUGGUUUUAAUCAAACAUCGGAAAGUUAUCGGCCAGAAGAUGGUGCUGAUCUUGCUGUGACACUUCUUGAAUCGGAACGUAUUCAUGAUGAUUGUCCAAUUCGUUAUGAUGAUGGUCGAAAUGUAUUUAUCGAUUUAGAAGAAUUCAAUUUUUAUUAUGCAAAAUCGCCAAAUAUGAAAAUGAAUAAAAUCUUUUUUCUUCUUUGUCUUUUAUUCAUUUAUUUCAUUUGUUAA